AUGCCCCACUAUAAUCGACAGGCUGAAGAAGAAGCCAAUAAUCGGCUGCUGGAAGAUGUCGAUAAUCGGCUGCUGGAAGAUUUCGAUAAUCGACUGCUGGAAGAUGCCGAUAAUCGGCGGUUGUUAGCGUCUGCCGAUAAUCGACUUCUGGAACAUACCGAUAAUCAGUUAUUAGAACAUGCCGAUAAUCAACUGUUGGAACAUGCCGAUAAUCGGCGACUGUUGGCGUCUACCGAUAAUCGGUUGCUGGAAUAUGCCAAUAAUCAAUCAUUGGAACAUGCCGAUAAUCAACUGUUGGAACAUGCCGAUAAUCAGUGA